CACACUCCUGUACAGUAGGUGGCGCUAUGCACCGUCAAGCUGUUUGCGAGCCGCCAUUAAAUCAAGAGAAGAAGAAGAAGCAGCAGCUGCAGACACGUCCAGGCAUUGAUCAGACUGUACACGUGCUACCCCAUAAGAAAAUGACUGCAAUGCAGGUUUCAAUUGUUGAUGAUGGCAGAGUCGUCAAAAAUUAAUAAAGCUGGCUCCCGGGGGCCUUUCAGCAACUACCGGUAUUUGUGCAAAAAAAUCCAUGAUGCUUCAUGCCAUGGAUAACGCAAGAGGCAAGAAGAAAUGGCCACAGAAGAUGAUAAUCGCCAACGUGAAGAGGAAAGUAAUGAACAACAACAACGAACCACUGGAUACAAAUAAACUGGUCAAAAAAACAAAAUCGAGCAACGCAAACCACAGUUUAGUCUCAUCCUUCAGAGACCACUGGGAGGUGGACAGUGGUUUUUCCUCUGAGGCGAGUCCUCCAGUCAGCGGUCGAAGCUCACCGUGCCUCAGCUCGUGCUCGACCACAGUGGUGGCGUUGGACUGUGAGAUGGUGGGGACGGGGCCUGGCGGGCGCUGCAGUGAGCUGGCCCGCUGCAGCAUCCUGGACUAUCACGGCCGCGUAUUGUAUGAUAAAUAUGUCAGACCGUGUCAGCCCGUCACAGACUACAGGACUCGCUGGAGUGGCAUCCGGAGGCAUCACCUGCACAACGCCGUGCCCUUCACUCAGGCCAGGGAGGAGGUCCUCGGUAUCCUUGAGGGCAAAGUGGUUGUCGGCCACUCUAUCUACAACGACUUUGAGGCGUUGGACAUGCUCCAUCCAGGUCACAUGGUCCGGGACACGUGUACGACUCGCUAUCUUAGCCGGUUGGCCGGAUUCCCCCGCGAACGCUGCUCUUCCCUCAAAAUCUUGGCCAGUAAGCUGCUGGACAGGAGGAUACAGGUGGGGAAGAGGGGUCACUGCUCGGUGGAGGACGCUCUGGCCUCCCUCGACCUCUACAAGCUGGUGGAGGGCGAGUGGGAGCAGGAGCUGCAGAACAAGAUGAGGGACGACGACGCUCCACACGAGCCGAACUUCGCCUCCUCAAACCACUACAUGCAGGACGAGUACUGGCCGGAUGAUGUCAUAGCUGACAGCCAAUGAGAGGAGUUUAUUUAUGACAUGUGUGAAGUUGGAAAUACCUCAACAGAGUACAUUAUAUAUGGUGAUGUACAGUCACCAGAGCAGAUUCACAUAACUUUAAAUAAUAUGGACAAAAAAAAACACACCUUGACAGUAAAUAAAGUCGUUUUUGAAGGGAAUCUGAAAAUAUUAUCUGCAUUGUCUCAUUGAGAGGAUGUACUACAUCACUUUGGUGAAAUAACUUUAUAUCUGAAUGAAUGAAUGCCUCUUUAAAGAGUAUUGGAGUUACUAACGGCAUAUUCUUUUGCUGUGAAACCAGAUAUUUACCUGCAGAGUUCUUAGUUGUGACAGACUUGAUUAUGUUUAUAGGGUGACAAUUGUUGGUGCUCUUAAAAUGUGAGGUUAUUAACUUAUGAUAUGAAGAGUUUGGAGUUCUCAAACAGUAUUUGCUUUUACUUGAAAGGUAAAAUUAAACUAUAAAUAGGACAUGGAACUGAUUUUAGGCCACAGAUACUGUUUUUGGAAUUGAUUUUUAAAAAUGUCUGUUUACAUGAGAA